AUUCAACAGUCGCUCGUGUAAUCUCUGUGGUUGAAUAUGCCAAAGUUACUGAGAAAUUUGAGAGGAAGGUCAGUUGUGCACAAAUUGUCGUGCAGUUUCAAAUUGUUGUUUCAAUGAACAAAAACGACAAUUGAGUUGUGCAUUCGUACGUUCAAAAUGGAUUUCAAAUAUUUUACCUUCUUAUUGAUAUUUUUCCAUCAUACAGGUUUAUUUGAAAUAACUGCGUCUGAUGAUUGGUCAUACUUAGGUGAUAAUGGUCCGGAACAUUGGCCAGGUCUGUGUAUGAGUGGAAAGAAGCAAUCACCAAUAAAUAUUGCCACUGAAGAUACCAUUAAAAUCGAUCUUGGUAAACUUAAAUUCAUAAGAUAUGAUUUCGCAUUUCAAGGAAAAAUUACGAACAAUGGUCAUUCUGUACAAGUUCAAUUAUGCUGUGUGCCAAUUCAUCUUGAAGGAGCAAAUCUUCCAUCCACAUAUAUUUUGGAGCAAAUACAUUUCCAUUGGCCUGCCGAACACACCAUAGAUAACAUUCGCGACGCAUUAGAGUUACAUUUUGUUCAUUAUAAUGAACAAUAUAGUAAUGCGAGUAUGGCAUCACAACAUGAAAAUGGCAUUGCCGUCGUUGCUACUUUAUUCGAGGUAAAUAGCGAGGACAAUUUGGAAAUAAUGUCAAUUCUGAAAGCAACAGAAUUAGUAUCUAACGCAGUCGGGGAAACUACAGCAUUAAUGGAAACGAAGAUUAUCCCUUAUCUUCUUUUACCAAAAGAUCAUACAACGUAUUACCAUUAUGACGGAUCAUUAACUACUCCUGGAUGCCAAGAAACUGUGAUGUGGUAUAUCCUUACUGAGAAACUUUCCAUAUCAGAACAGCAGUUAAGCAUCUUUAAAAGUGUUGGAACAAAUAACGGGACACUGAGUUUUAAUCACAGACCGACGCAGACUGUUGGAGAAAGAACAAUUUAUCAUCAACUGGAUGGCUAUUCUGCCGCGACGAUUCAUUUGAGCAACCUGGUCAACGUGUGUUUUAGUCUCUUAUUAAGCAAAUUACUAUAUUUUAAAUAGGUAAAUUGAAAUUACUUUUACCUUUGAAUUUAGAAUUAUCUAAUUUAAUAGAGCGUGAUUAAUAUGAUAACAAAUAUUUAAUAAUUCGAGAAAUUUCUCAUGUCAUUCGUGCUAUGCAUAAUAAUAGAUAACAGAUGACAGUAGAUAAUAAUAUGAAUAGUAUCCUUGGCGAAAAGUUUUCGAUCAAACACGAGUAUUCGGAAGUAUUUAAAAACACUGAAAUCUUUUGUACAAGAGAAUUCAAUUGAAAUCGUUGAUUCUAAUUUUUUAUACAUUUCGAACAAAUACAACAAUACAAAAAACAUUUCAAUGUUUUUAAAUACGUUCAAGUACCUACUUGAUUGUUUGAUCGAAAACUUUUUGCUAGAAGUGGCAUAAAUAAUGUGUAUAUGGAUAAAAUUCAGUGACACUUAACACUAAGUCAAAUAUAUAUGUGUAAAUGAAGCAGUUCAUUAUAUUUAUAUAUAAUGAUAAUGAAAUAAGGUAGUUUAGAAUGAAUGAUACAACUGGGUUGUAGAUAAUUCGAUGUGUAAUGUAAAUAACAUAUGUACAUAAUAAAUAAGUUGAAAUUGUAUAAUAUAUGUAAUAA